UUGAUUUUUGACGCGAUAACCUGAUGUAAGCAUGACAGUUCCUUUCAAGCGAGAAUUUUCAACGUGUUCGUCUGUAUGCAUUGUGUCUGCUAUUGUUAUGACGCACCACACUUGUUGAUAAAUAGCAGCGUCGACCCAAUUUGAUCCAGGUUCAAUUAUGGCACGAUUUAAUCUUAAUACGUCAUGGAUUUAAUGUUUAAAUUAUUGGUAAAAAUCGACUUUCUUUUUUGAAAAGAAAAAAAGAAAAGAUCAAGAUUAUUAAUAGAAUCGCUGCUUCCUUAACGGAAACUACGGAAACGACGGAGAGUUAUGGCAGCUAGAGGCAUUCACAGCUUGAGAUUUAAUCAGGAUCAAGGAUGCUUUACUUGUUGCAUGGAAUCUGGGCUGAGAAUUUACAACGUUGAACCACUGGUCGAGAAAGCACACUUCGAUAAUGAUUUGAUGGGAAGCAUCUCCAUGGCGGAGAUGCUCUGGAGGACGAACGUGAUCGCCGUUGUAGGCGGUGGAAACCGUGCUAAAUUCGCUGACAAUACUGUUUUGAUCUACGAUGAUCUAUCAAAGAAGUUUGUCAUGGAAGUCACUUUUACCAGUCUAAUCAAAGCAGUCAGAUUGCGAAGAGAUAAAAUGGUGGUUGCACUACAGCGAGAAAUUCAUGUCUUUUCGUUUCCUACGCCUAUUCGAAGGCUGCUGACGCUCGAAACUAGAGAUAAUCCGAUGGGUUUGAUGGAAAUUGCGACAUUUGCGACAGCACAGAGGCAGCUCUUGGCUUUUCCUGGCCACAAACUUGGUAGUGUACAAUUGGUGGAUCUCGCAGCCACUGAGGCUGGAAGUUCUAGCGCUCCUGUCACUCUCUCUGCACAUCAGGGUGCAUUGGCGUGUCUGGCAGUUAAUGGAAAUGGAACCAUGAUUGCUACUGCGUCGGUUCAAGGAACUUUGAUCAGAGUGUGGGACUCUGUACGCAGGAGUUUAUUAGUCGAAUUGAGGCGUGGUGCCGAUCCUGCUACGCUUUAUUGGUCAUAUAACUUUAGCAGAGAUUCAGAAUUUUUGUGUGUCUCGAGCGAUAAGGGGACAGUACAUAUAUUCGCUCUGAAGAAUACGAGCUUGAAUCGACGAUCCACUUUUUCCAACAUGGGUUUUCUUGGUAAUUACGUUGAGAGUCAAUGGGCAUUGGCUACUUUCACGGUACCUCCGGAGUGCGCGUGCGUUUGCGCGUUUGGCAUGCAUAAUUCUGUGAUAGCUGUAUGUAUGGACGGAACUUUUCACAAGUAUAUUUUCACUGCGGAAGGCAAUUGCAAUCGGCAAGCAUUUGACGUCUUUCUCGAUGUGUGUGAUGACGAUGAUUUUUAACAUAAGGCCUAUUACGCGGAUAAAUACAAGAUUAUUAUUGUUAUGAAACAGUACUUGCAACGAAAUUUCUCUAGUCGGUUUGCAAAUGAGAUUUCAUGUAUGUGAUAAUUGUACAGGUCAGGUAUAAUUGAGUAAACUGUAAAAAGCACAUAA